UCACCUUACAAAGAUGGCCGCCGAGCUGGCCGCUGCGCUACCUGACCUUACAAAGAUGGCCGCUCUGACCUUACAAAGCUGGUUCUUCACUGCACCUUCCACUCUCCUGAGCAAAUAGACGGCAACGCUCCGCUAACCACGGGGUCGAACUACAGCCGUACUUUGUGCUACUGCGGCAGAGAGGUGGCGUGAAGUCACCAUAUUUUGCGACGUGUCCCUCUCCCGCAGCGUUUUGCUGAAAGCGUGGAGCCGGAGACCAGAUCCAUUUUGAUGAUGACAAAUCAGAUUUUUAAGAAACUUACUCUAUUUGGCAGCAAACAUAGAGUCAAGUUAUUAGCUGUUUCCUGUGGAGGAUUAUUUGCCACCAAUGCUUUCUGUCAUGUCUUUCCCCAACGGACGUAUGGAAAGUUGUAUCAAGCUUGGUCCAAGGGAGAUCCGGCUGAACUUCCAGAGAGGUUGAAAACCACUUUCCAAGAGGUGCUUCAAGAUGCCGGAGUGGAUUCAACGCAGAAUUAUACAGCGUUCGCUGCCUUCAGCUUUCAACCCGUGAGUGCGGGUGUUCCCUGGUUGCCCAGUGGAGCUCUCAUUGGCAUCCCAGUUAAUUUCAACAGCACAGGGGCGGAAGGGCAAGGAAUAACCAACCGAAUUGUCAUGAUUAAUGGCAGGAACGUCAAGUGGGAUAGUGAGGUGGGGAAAUCUCUGAGAGAAUCCCUCACCUUUUCCUCCGAUGCGCAGAGGUUUGCCAUUGCAAGAGAGGUGAUGUAUUUGCAAAGCAGUGGCCCCGUCCUUCAGUCGGCGCUCGCACCAGCUUGCUUAGCAGGCACGUACGUGAUAGGCGUGGCCUCGAAGCAAGCCCUCGGCCUUUACUCGGGACCCUUUUUAUUACGUGGAGUAUUUAACCUGGCUGCGGCAGCAGUGGGCUUUGUGGGUUAUUUUCUUUUUUCUGAUGCACUCAGUCACUGGCUCGACUACCGAUCAGACCACCGGACAGCAACAAUAUCAAAGAAUUAUGCAAAGGGAGGCAUUGAAUUUUAUGAUAAAGUUCUUGCACGAAAUCGAACUUUCCGUUUGCUCCUUGGCAAACAAGGGAUGGAAAUGUAUGCAACAAAUGGCAACCUUUUCCCUAAGCAUUGGUUCCGACUAAAACAUGCUCCUUACACCUCCAGGAAGGAGAUGAUUGAAAACACCCUGAAUGACUGUUGGAAGUAAAACUGAUUUGACAAUAUUUAUUUGCUCAUCUCCAUGUAUCAUGUAAACUUCGUCGAUUUUACUUGACUCUCAUCCAGAUUUUGUGUUUGAACUGAACCGCGUUGUCAUCUGAUUACUCAACCUUUGUGGGAACCAUUUUCGACUUCCAUUAUUGCAAAAACACAGUUGUGAGUUUAAAAUCUGUAAAACAGAGCUAAAGUGAAAUAUGCCACAGUCACAAUGUAAAAAAUCAAUGAUAUCCUUAACUUGCUUUUCAACUGCUAGUGUUUCUAAAACUACUGUUUGCCUUGUGCCAUGCAAGACUGAACUCUUGAUAAUUGACAAAAAUCCAAAAGCACAUAUUGAAUGUCAUGAAAUCUAAAUGCAAAAUAUACACACUUAUAGAC